UCUCCCUCUUCAUGCAUUGCCAUCAACCAAACCAUUCCUUCCUCCUUCACUUUUAUAUUAUAUACAUUAAUUAAUUAAUUUUCAUCUUCUUCAAUAUUUCAUUUGCAACUUGCACUCUCACAGUGGUCUCUACCUCUCACUAGAGAGAGACCUCUGUUGUUUCUUUUGCUAUCUACUUCCAAAGUUACUAUGACCAUGAAGAUAGAAGAAGAAAGUAUGGUGAAUAAAAAGCAAGGCAUAGUCACUAUUUUAAGCUGUGAAAGUGACACUAAUUUGACAGCUUCUUCUCUUAGAAGAACUCUAUCAGCUGACAUGUCUUCAAAGAAAUGGAUUCCUCAAAAUGAAUCCAUUAACCCCAUCAAAAAGAUUGCAUCAUCUCAACAACUCUUUCAGUUGUCAGAUGAUUACAAAGAAACUAAGAUUGCUGAUGAAGCUGAAGCUGAGAGAGAGAGGCUAGAGAUUUGGAGUUCAAUCCAACGUAACAAAAAUGAAGAGCAACAAAAAGGUGGGUCAUUUGAUACUUGGAGCUCACUCAUGUCUUUGAAGACUAAUGAUGAAAUUUCCAAAUCUCUUCCUCCUUAUAUUCACCCUCUUGCGAAGAGGACGAAAAGUUCUUUGUCUCGAAAGAGCCUUGAAAUUUGCACUGAGAGUCUCGGAUCUGAGACUGGUUCUGAUGGGUUGGUGUCAUCUAAUUCUGCAUCUGAAUCAGGAGAUGCAGAAGAAGAUCAACAACAACCACAAGAAGAAGUCAAAAAAGUCAAAGAAGACGAAGAUGAAGAAGAAGAAGAAGUGGUGGAAGUGGUAAGGUAUAAUUAUAGUAGUGUUGCUACUACUAAGAAGUUGCACUCACCACCACGAUCUUUUCCUCCACCACUUCCAUCACUCUCUCGCCAAGAUGGCCCUUCACUUCACAUGAGGCCACACCGCGACAAUGGAAGAUUAGUUUUAGAAGCAGUGUCUCUUCCUUCGCUGAACAAUUUCUGUGUUCGGCGUCAGGAUGGUAGACUUGUCCUCACUUUCGCUAAUCAAAACGAAGAUGUUGAAAAUGAAAAAGAAAAUGAUGGCGUUGGUGAGUUGGAUGAGGAAUUUGAAGGAUUCGGAGAAGAAAAAGAAGAUGAAGACAAAUAUGAAGAUGAAGAUGAAGACGAAGAUGAAGAAAAUGGAGAAUAUGAGAGUUUAAUAGAGAAAGUGACGUUAAUGUCUUGUUGCAAAACUACUAUAAAGAGAAGUGUUGAUGGAAUAGGAUCUUAUAAUAAUAACAAAGUGAAUAAGCCAAUUGGAUUAGUGAAUAGGAAUCCAAAGUGGUCAAAGAAGUUGAAUAAUGAUGAAGAAGUGGAUAACAACAAUUUUGAAGAGGAAAAUGUUCAAGUUGUGGAAGCUAGUCAAAUGGUGAAAUCACUUCCACCUAGACCAAGAGUUGCUAGAUUGAUUCCAUCACCACAAGGUGUAGCUCCAAAUUCAUUCAAUUUAAAUUCUUAUCAACAUUAUUGGAGGACCACAAACCCAACAACAACAACAACAAAAGGUGCUAAUUAUCCACUUGGCCAUUAUCAAGAGAAUAACAUCAUCAACAACAACAACAAUAACAAGAUUGUUGUGUCUCCAAGGGAAAUGAACAUGAACAUGAACAUGAACCAUGUCUCAAAUGAGAAGCAACAACUUUUGGUUCUUAGAGGAAAGAAUGGUGAUUACUUGGUUCAUAAUUUGAAGAGUUGCAAGGAUUCAAGAAGGUCAUUUCUAUUUUGGGAACCAUAUUGCAUUGCUACCUCUUGAGCUUAAUACACUCAACAAAAACUCUAUUACUACUACUACUAUACUACUAUUUGCUAAUUAAUCCAACAACAUAUCCAUUGCUUAAAUUAUAACACUAUUUAAUUAUUCCAUGUGUAUCCUUUUUAUUAUUAUGCCUACUCUGUUCAACUCUUUGUAAUGUAGUGUAGUCAAAUAAAAAAAAAGGGAAAGUCAGAGAAAGGGAUAGUGAGAAUUAUUACUACUUCAUUUGUAACAUCUGAAAAAUGACUUGAACAGUGUCAUAUCAUAUUAAUAUAUCUAUCUACUACUCUAUGCUAUUA